CACCGGACCACUCUAAAACGUCAAACUGACAGCUAAGUGUGAGGUUAUGUGGCGAUAAUAAUGCCCCAAUUUGUUUAUUUCAAUGUUAUUCACGUGGUUCCACCCAACUUUUAUAUUCAAUACUGGUAAUUACGUCACAAUUCUUCUCGCUUUAGUGUCAGUAACCGGCGAUUACGUCGUUUCUCACACCAAACUGCACCUCUUCCAAGCCCUCUUUGACAAUGCCACCCAUGCCUCAAUUGGGGCCCUUUCGUGGCUUUACGUUUGCAUUAAUUUUAAAAACCGGUCACACUUUCAAAGUUUGAUCGAAAUCGGGUUAUGUGCUGGGGUUGCCUCUCUAAUUGAUAUCGAUCAUUUCAUCUCAGCCCGAUCUAUACAUCUCAAGGAUGCUACAAGUUUGCAGAAACGGCCACCACUUCACUGCUCUACGUUCCCUUUCAUGUUUUGUUUAUUAUUUUUGAUGUUGAGUUAUUUUUUUCAAGUGGAGGUUUGGAAGAGAGUUUCUUUGAUUGUUUUAACAGCUUUUGUGAGUCAUCAUACGAGAGAUGCGACAAGGAGAGGGUUCUGGUUUUAUCCCUUUGGGGCAACUCCUCCCAUUCCGUACUUUUUGUAUGUAGGGUUGACUUGUGUUUUACCUGUACUGGUUUGUGGGUUACACAGAUUACUGUGGAUUGGGGACGCUGGACCCAAAUUUACUUUCAUAAGUAAAGGGGCUGUGAUAUAGAGGAUUUAAGUUAAUUAUUUUGUUUAUUUGAAUGUAAUAAAAUUAAGAACUGAA